AUGCAUUCCCUCUCUUCUCACUUUUUUAACACUCUCUUCUCUCUCUCCAUUCUCUCUCUACGAUCUCUCUCUUUCUCUUCACUUUCUCCCUUCCAUCAACCUUUUCUCCUCUCUACAUCUUAUUUCUCUCUCUCUUUCUCUUCUUACUUUCUUAACUCUCUCCAUUCACUCUCUACAUUCUCUCUCUACAUUAUCUUUAUAUCUCCCUUCUCUCUCUCUCCCUCUUACUCUUUUUUCUCUCAUUCCUAUCUCCCUUUCUUCUUUCUGCAACUUCUCUCUCUCUUUCUCUUCUCUGCCUCCCUCCUAUCUCCCUUUCUCAUCUCUGCAACUUUCUCUAUCCUCACUUUCUUAACUCUCUUUCUCUAUUCUCUCUCUACACUAUCUCUAUAUCUCUCUCAUCUCUCUCUCUCUUCCUCUUCUUUCUUUCUCUCUCCCUCCCUUCUAUCGUCUUUUCUCCCUUCUGCAACUGUUUCUCUCUCUCUUGCUCUUCCUCCCUCCUAUCUCCCUUUCUCAUCUCUGUAUUUCUCUUUUUUCUCUCCCACUCCUCACUUUCUCUCUCUACACUAUCUCUAUAUCUCUCUCCUCUCUUUUCUUUCUUUCUCUCUUCCUCCCUUCUAUCGUCCUUUCUCCCUUCUGCAACUGUUUCUCUCUCUCUCUCUCUCUUGUUCUUCCUCCCUCCUAUCUCCCUUUCUCAUUUCUGCAACUUCUUCUUUCUCUUUUUCUCUCUCUCCUCACUUUCUUAACUCUCUCUCUCUCUUUCUGCUUUUUUGUUUCUCCUCUUUCUCUCGGAAGCCAUAA